GGUUCUUUCUCUCCAUGAGGGACAUUCGCAUUUGUCACCAGUAAGGAAUAGAGUUUGGGCUACACAGAGAGCCAAAAGGACAGAUUCAAAGGCCUGCUACAUAUUUCUUACCUGAGAAUCGCCAGCAGACUGAGGAUCCCUUCCAGGUUCAUCCCCGUUGUGCCGUACCACCGCACACCUGAUCACCCUCCACUAUGGAACACCUGCAGAUCACUGCCUGCCUCUUCUCUUUCAUAAGCCUCCUGCUGCUCAUCAUUGCCCUGGCUUCAGACUUCUGGGUAGUGGAUUUGAAAAACCAACACUCAGGACUGUGGCAAACGUGUAGGGGCGACCUUUGUGUACGAUAUGGAAUGAAUGUGCCAGCUUUUAUCCAUGGCACCCGAGCCUUUAUGGUCAUGGGGAUGAUGGCUGGUACUGUUUCCUUCUUUGGUCUUUUCACCUCAUUUUUCCGGACCCAUGUUGGCUCUAUUUCCAUAAAAGUUAUUACAGUGUCAGCCAGCAUUGUGGCAGGUGUUUGUGGUUUGAUUGCUAUGUCAACCUUCACAGGCAUGUAUACAAACCACACCUCUGAACUUGGAAAAUCGUUUGGAUGGUCUUUUGCUAUUGGCUGGGUCUCGUCCAUUCUGUUUUUUAAAAGUGGUUUGCUUGCUUACAAGGCAAUGGCCCAUAGUGCACGCAUAUCUUACUCCCCUUUACCAGAAUAGUAACCUUUUAAUCUUGACUGUGGAUUCUGUGCUAGCUUUAUGCACCAUUCUUCUUUCCUCCAGCGUUUUUAUUCUGCAGUGACCAUUUUGAAAAACUCACUUUUCUAAAUUGGAGUGGAACAUCACCUGUAACAUGUGCCGGGGGGGGGGGGGGGGAGCGAGGUCCAAAGUUAAAAAAAAAAUUAUACAAUUGCCCUAUCACAGCUUUGCAGUAGCGUCUAGCAAGCGCCUUCCAUUUAAAUCCUCAUGGUUCAGGUUUUGCACAUGCAUUUUUGUGUUAGUUGAAGGAAAGGGAACAGAAGGGAUCAGAAGAAAGGGGUGGGGUGGGGGAUACCCACUAUUUAAACUGACAGGACUUUUUCUGAAAGCCCCAUUUUGCAUAUUGCCAAGCCCUAGGGGAUUCUGCUGUGUUAUUGACCACUGAAAAAUGGGAAAGAGUAACACACACUCAUAAUACGCGGAAACAUGUUGAGUGUACAGAAUGCACAGUGGAAUACCCUGACACUGGCACCACAAGCUGUGGUUGUUGACAAUGUGUGUGUGCGCAUGCACGCACCUGUGCAAAGUCAACUGCUACUCCACCUUGCUUUGCACAGGGCUGCAAUUUGUACAGGUGAGAAGUCCUCUUGCAGAAGCUUUGCACAGCCUUUUUGGUCUAGUGCCACUAAACAGAAAGAAAAAAGAAAGAAAGAAAUGGGGGAGGGUAUUUUCACCAAUGCCCUAACUCAGCUGCAUAGUAACAUUAAUUUGCUGCCCUUCCUUGCAAAUUUGCAUGAUUUUCUCUUUGUGAUUCUCUAGUUUGAGCCUACACAGCGGUCGUGAUUUUGGCAGUUUUUAAAGCCCAUCCUGUGCAGAUUGCACUCUUCCUCCAAA